AUGAACUUUGCACACAUCGAGCAGGCCCAACAAGGCGGACAAAACUACCACUUCGAGGCUCCCCAAAGCAUGGACACAACCGGCCAAGUUGCUCCAAUCGGCAUGAAGCCCAGAGUCACUGCUACACUAUGGGAAGAUGAAUCUACGCUCUGCUUCCAGGUCGAUGUCAAGGGUACAUGUGUUGCCCGCCGCGAAGACAACCACAUGAUAAACGGCACCAAGCUCCUCAACGUCGCAGGCAUGACCCGCGGCCGCCGCGACGGAAUCCUCAAGAGCGAAAAACUCAAGCACGUCGUUAAAAUCGGGCCCAUGCACCUUAAAGGCGUCUGGUACCUCAUCCCCCUCCUCUCCCCUUCCCCUUUCCUUCCUCUCCUAAAUCUCACUAAACAAUUUUGA